CCAGCUUCUCUCCUCCCUCCGGGUCCACUCCCGACCAAGGCAGCCCUUCACAUCACCAUCCUCAUCCUCCUCUUCCUCCUCCAGGUUGACAGGUUCUGUGCCGCUACCUUCACGCUUGGGACUUGAAAGUGGAAGUCGGUCUUUCCAACUCCUGAAGAUGACUGCAAAGUUGAAGCCCUCAAGAAAGGGGGAGGCUGGUUGGAUGGACCAAAGCAGCCAAAACACAUAUUGAGGGCAACUGAAUAUGCACUCUCUGUGUUUGAAUUUUCACCACCUCAAACGUUUAUGUUAAAUACACCUGGUCACUGUUGUCAUGCCCUUGCCUUGUGUUUUCUGGGCACCACUAGGGCACAGGAAGACAACUUAUGUAAAGAGUCUAGGAGGCCCAGCAGAGAGGAAAGCAACUGAGUUUGGGCAAGGAGUUAAUGGAAGAGAGGAUAACCCUUUGCAAAGAAGUGACAGGUUUCUUUGGGAGUUUUGUAGAAUGAAGAUAACCCCAAAUUCUGUUGGCGUUUCCUUCUGAGUAUCAGCAUUAUGAAAAUUGACUCAAUUCAUAUUUAUCCCUACAAAACCUAUCUGCCUUUCAUGUGGAUAAAGACUGGAAUACAAAGACUAUGGCCAAAUGGAGGUAUCCAGGAUGGGAGAGGAAACCUGAAGCCAUUCCUUUUCAGUCAACAGUUAAUGUACUGAAGACCUCCACAGUGGCCUUCAAGGGGGACAGACCUCACACCGUGGCUCUAGAAAAACUGAUGUGUCUUGGUUGAUGUGAGAGAAUCCCAUGGGAUACAAUUUGGUGGAAUUCUGCAUUGACAUCAAGCACAACAAGCCAAGAUCUAUGACUCAGAAAAGAAACCCUUCUAGAGAAGGGUCCAUGUUUCCCUCUUGGACUCUAUAACCGGAUGGUAGCUCCAAUGAGGUGUUGGUCGCUAUCCAUCACCUCUGCGGUGCUGAAAUUUGGAUGAUGUCUAUCAGGAGACCUCAGGGCUGCUGCUGCGUAUCGCAUUUCAAUGAGGACAAUGGCAGAUUUGUCCUCUUAGCAGUGCUCAUUGUGGCAUACCUGACCGUUGGAGCAACCAUCUUCUCAGCCAUCGAGAGCCCGUCGGAAGCAGAAGCUCAUCAUCGUUGGAACUGGACCCUUCAGAACUUCAGCCAGAUCUUCAACAUUAGCCUCCCUGAGCUAAGGGCCUUCUUGAGAAGCUAUGAGGCAGCCAUGGCUGCGGGUAUCAGAGCAGAUGCCCUCCGACCAAGAUGGGACUUCACAGGAGCUUUUUAUUUUGUGGGCACAGUGGUGUCAACUAUAGGUUUUGGGAUGUCCACACCAGCAACGGUAGCCGGCAAAGCCUUCCUUAUUGUUUACGGUCUGUUUGGGUGUGCUGGGACCAUCCUCUUCUUCAACCUCUUCCUGGAGCGUAUCAUCUCGCUCCUGGCGUUGGUCAUGAAGGCUUGUCGCGAGAGGCAACUGCGGAGGAGCGGCCUUCUACCUCCAACGUGCCGUCGGGGCUCUGGCAUGUCUGAUGCGGACAGCUUGAUUGGCUGGAAGCCAUCCGUCUAUCACGUGAUGCUGAUUUUGGGAAUUCUUGCCAUUACUAUUUCUUGCUGUGCCUCAGCCAUGUACACAGUGGUGGAAGGAUGGAAUUACAUUGACUCCUUAUACUACUGUUUUGUCACCUUCAGUACCAUUGGAUUUGGUGAUCUGGUGAGCAGUCAAAACGCAGUCUAUCGAAAUCAGGGAUUAUACAGAUUUGGGAACUUCAUGUUCAUAUUAAUGGGAGUAUGCUGCAUAUACUCUCUUUUUAAUGUCAUCUCCAUUGUAAUCAAGCAGGUCUUAAACUGGAUGUUAAGAAAGUUUCGUUGCACCUGUUGCCCGGAUUGCAAUAAGCCAACCUCUCGCCUUGGGCGGCGCAAUGCGAUCACGCCGGGAUCCCGCUUCCGCCGACACAACUUCUCUGCGGAGACAGACGGACAGUAUGACAGUGACACCGAUGGGAGAAGGCUUUCGGGUGAAAUGAUUUCCAUGAGAGAUCUUACAGCCUCCAACAAGGUCUCCCUGGCGCUUCUUCAAAAGCAAUUGUCCGAGACGGCGAAUGGUUACCCUCGGAGCGUCUGCAUAAACACGAGACAAAAUGGCUUUUCAGGAGGAGUAGGGGCUCUAGCUAUCAUGAACAAUAGAUUGGCAGAGACGAGCGAUUCUAGAUAGAAAUUUUGAAAUUAUCUUCUAUAAAGCCAAGACAUUUUCUUAUUCUUUAUUUAAUAAAAUGAAAUUUUGAAAAAUUA